GUGUCAGAAUGUCGGAAAGGUCACGCGUUAACAAUUCAGGACCGUUGAAGAAGCCUGCUGAAAGAGGUUAUCCAGCGUAAGUUUAUGAAUGCUCACAAUAACUCGUAAUAGUUCGUCUGGUUCUGUGUGGAGUUCCAAUACACCUAGUGAACGGGGUGAUAUUCCGUCGUCUUCGGAAGGCGAAAUUGCCUCGGAAGCUGCUCGCCAGAAAAAGAGCCAUCCAGUCCAAAAAGCUGUGUAUGAUAUAUCUACGGGUAUUUCGAAGUAAGUUGACGUCAAAUAAACUCUAACAGUAUUUGUCUUCAUUGCUUCCUUCGGUAACGCUCCCGAAUUGACUAUUAUUUUCAGACUAAACAUACAGAAGACACUCAGAAUACCGAAUAGACCAGACCAAGGAGGUACAAUCGGCAAGAAAGUCAAAGUCACUUCAAACUGUUGGGAUUUGACAUUUCAUCACAGAACGGUAUAUUUGUAUUUUGUGGAGGCCAACUCAGUUCAUCGAUUGGAAGCUAAGGAGGGCAGUAAAACUGAGAUAAGAAUGCCACCUAAAGAGUUGAGAUCUUUAAUUCAGCAGGUAGCUGACUCGUAAGUACCAUUGUGUUAUUGAUCAAAUGAAUUGUUCACAUAUGUAACGGAACUUUCUGUUCCUUAAUUAUUAAGCUGAAUUGUUUCUCUGACUUUUGGUCAAGUAUUGCUUGCUUGUCAACCAAAGAUUCGUACACGUGUGGGAUAACUUGUUCCAUGUCCCACACCAUUCAUUAUGUGACUUUGGUUACUGUCAGCGUUGUUUAGAAAGAAUUGGUGAAGUUGUUGGUUAUGGUUUCUAUUGAGAGCACUGGUAUCUAUUCAUAAACCUCACGCUAAACAAUUAUGCUUAUUUCACUCGCUUCUGCAGUUUACCAGAUACGAUCAUAUACGAUGGCGGUCACGCCAUAUACUCUGAAGAUCCGUUACCUGGUGUCACAACGGACCCCGUAGAAAGAGAGAUUGAGAUCAAGGAGCCGUUUGGUCGGGACCGCCUUCUUCUGAAGUACCGGAUUAUGGAAGUGCAGAAGGUAUCUACUUCCGAUAUCAGCCAUUUCAUAACGAAUCCGAAAGCGACCUCUAUGAAUAUGCCCCAAGUAAGGCUGGAUAUGUUUCAUAUUUGUUUCUAGGAAUGUAUCAGAUUGUUAGACUGCAUCUUGAAGACGGUGUCAAAGCAGUCGUUUGUAUCCCUUGGACGCUCAGCCCUAUUUCAGCAAACACCAAUUAAAGUGGUUAUGGAUAAGCUUUUCACUAUUCAUAAGGGUUUCAUCAGUAGCGUGCGACCCCAAUGGAAAAUUCGUGUCAACUUGGAUAUGACGUGCAAGGCCUACUUUGUAUCCGGGAAUCUAGCGGACGUCAUGUACUCGAAGUAUGGAGACGAUAUGGUUAGAUGUAGCACUCAAAUGGCAUACGACUUGAGAAAGAUACGAGUUGAGACUGAUAAAUUCUACAAGAGCGAUGAUGGACGUGCAUAUUCCCGACGCUUCACCGUGCACGGGAUAUCAUCACUACCAGCCGACCGUUUGAUGAUUGAGGAGUUGAACCAGUCCGUGGCUGAAUAUUUCAAGCGGCACCAUCAUAUCACUCUGAAGUAUCCAGAGCUGCCCUGUGUGAAGGUUGAUCAAAAGCGUGAAGUGUAUAUGCCUAUGGAACUGUUAAACAUUUUGCCCUAUCAAGCUCCUAAUGCGAGUAAAGCCGAUAUUGCGAGUGAAGUUAUCCGUUGUGCAGCAAUUCGACCACAGGAGCGCUUCAGAGAGCUGGAGAAUUUUGCCAAUAAUAUGCUGAAGUCCCACCCACUGAUCAAACAAUUUGGUUUGGCGAUUCAACCGAGGCCAGUGGAAGUUAACGCACGUGUUAUCCAGCCGCCAACUGCUGGCUUUGGUCGUUCCGGUGUACAACAGCUGACGGCAGGUAGUUGGAGCACGCCUAGCUUUCUUCACCCUGCCGGCGAAGGAGUAGAAAUAAUGUGGGCUGUACUUAGCAUUCCGCCUAAUCAGCGGUCUCAUGGUCAUGUACAGAAGGUGAUAUCGGAAUUGCCUAGAGCGGCCAGUCGCUUUGGUGUUCGGUUUAGCCCUCGACCGAUUGUGGCACAGUGUCCGAGAGGAGAACUAAACAGGAGGUUCGAGGAGUUUUCCAGACAAGGCUGUGGCUUCUUACUUCUCAUCCUGUACGAUGAACAUUUCUACUCAUCGAUUAAACGUCUGAGUGACCUGCAAAUGGGGAUUCGGACUCAAUGUGUACGAGCUCGUACUCUGGACAAACCGAACGUUUUCCCGAACCUGUUACUCAAACUGAAUGGGAAACUCGGCGGUGUGAACUGGCGAAUUCCUGACCUUAUUAAGGACAGUCAAGAGUUGGUUAUGGUUUUUGGAGCCGAUGUCACUCAUCCUGCGCCUACACAAACUCAUCAAAUUCGAAAGUCAGUAGCUGCUGUUAUUGGUAGUGUUUCACCCGAUCUUAUGAGGUACGGGGUAGUUAUCCGUCAGCAGGCAACCACAGAAAAGGGGAAUAAGGCAGCCAGAGAAAUAAUCGAUGAUAUGCGUCUCAGUGUCAAGGAGCUACUCCAGCUUUACCUGCGUAACACGAACGGGCGUUUCCCGACGCGCAUGAUAUUCUAUCGCGAUGGAGUUUCGGAGGGCCAGUUCGAAAAUGUGUUGGUGGAAGAGCUGUGUGCAAUUCAACGAGCUUGUGCAGAUGUCCGUCCUGGCGAGGAGCCAGCUAUCACUUAUAUUGUUGUGCAAAAGCGUCACCAUAUUCGAUUUAGACCAUCUGACCCCAGGUAAGGUAUUUGCUCAUGAUGUUUCCUGUGUACGUACUACACUUUAUUCGUGUCUUAACGGUCUGUUUGAAUGCUUUGUCAGGGCAAGAAACGUGGAGCCAGGAACCGUGGUAGAUACAGAUAUCACGCAUCCCAGGGAAUUUGAUUUCUACCUCUGCUCUCAGGAAGGGAUUCAGGGUACAUCGAAACCUGCUCACUAUCACGUGUUGUAUGAUGAUAGUAACUGGACAUCGAAUGCUCUUCAGAUGUUCACCUACCACUUAUGCUACGCGUACAUGAGGUGUUCCCGUAGUGUCUCGUAUCCAGCGCCGACUUAUUAUUCUCAUUUGGCUGCAUUUCGGGCACGUGAGUGGUUAUCGGACAUAGAGAAACCAGAGAUUCUGUUAGAUGCUGGUCGUUUCAGAGUUCACAGCAGUCAAGUUGACGGCAUGUUCUACUUAUAAACAGAUUUUGUUAUUUUCAUAUAAAUUGUAUUUCCUUUUGAAUCCAUCUUCCCUUUUAAUAGUAAUAAUAAUAAUCAUAAUAAUAAUAAUAGUAUAAUGAUAAUGAUUUACUUCAUUCCAAAAGCAGUACUUGUGAUACAGAAUGGGAUUUUCAGCAUUAAUCACGAUAUUGUAUCUAAUUCCCUCAAAUUAUAAAUAAAAUUAAUCACACA